GGAGCUGGCUUAUUCUGGUAACCACAGGCGGUGACCCUGGAGAUCUGCCCCAGCUCAGACCCUCAUUUCUCAGGAGAGCCACCUCCAGCCCCAGCCAUGCUCGCCGCCGCGGGCUCCCUAGUGGCCGCCAUCUGGGCAGCGCUCCAUCUCCGGACUCUGCUGCUGGCUGCCGUCGCCUUCCUGUUCCUGGCUGACUACCUCAAAAACCGGCGCCCCAAGAACUACCCGCCCGGGCCAAGGCGCCUGCCCUUCGUGGGCUGCUUGUUCUAUUUGGACCUAAAGCAACCCCACAUAGCCGUACAGAAGUUUGUGAAGAAAUAUGGGAACAUUUUAAGCUUGGAGUUUGCUAAUAUACCCUCAGUGGUUGUAACUGGCAUGCCCUUAAUCAAAGAAGUCUUUACUCAAUUGGAGCCAAAUUUUCUGAAUCGUCCUGUCACUUGUCUCCGAAAACAUCUCUUUAAAAAUAAUGGGUUGAUCUUCUCCAGUGGCCAGACAUGGAAGGAACAAAGAAGAUUCGCCCUGAUGACACUGAGGAACUUUGGAUUGGGAAAGAAGAGCUUAGAACAGCGCAUCCAGGAGGAAUCCCGACACCUUGUGGAGGCCAUAAGAGAGGAGAGAGGACAGCCUUUUGACCCUCACUUCAAUAUCAAUAAUGCAGUUUCCAAUAUCAUUUGCUCUGUCACCUUUGGGGAGCGCUUUGAGUACCAGGACAGUCAAUUUCAGGAGAUGUUGAGGCUACUGGAUGAGGCCAUAUGUUUGGAGUCAUCAAUGAUGUGCCAGCUCUACAAUAUCUUUCCAAGGAUACUUCAUUAUCUUCCUGGAUCACACCAAACAGUUUUCAGAAACUGGGAAAAACUAAAAUUGUUUGUUUCUGAUAUUAUUGACAAUCACCGGAAAGACUGGGACCCUGAUGAGCCAAGAGACUUCAUUGAUGCUUUCCUCAAGGAAAUGACAAAGUACCCAGAUAAGACUACAAGUUUCAAUGAAGAAAACCUUAUCUGCAGCACUCUGGACCUCUUCUUUGCUGGAACAGAGACAACAUCCACGACACUGCGCUGGGCUCUGCUCUGUAUGGCCCUUUACCCAGAAGUCCAAGAAAAAGUGCAGGCUGAGAUUGACAAAGUGAUUGGGCACGGAAGACAGCCAAGCACAGCUGACAGAGAGUCCAUGCCUUACACCAAUGCUGUCAUCCACGAGGUGCAGAGAAUAGGCAACAUCAUCCCUUUUAAUGUUCCCAGGGAAGGGGCAGUUAACACCAAGUUGGCUGGAUUUGACCUGCCAAAGGGAAUUAUGGUCCUGACCAACCUAACUGCACUGCACAGAGACCCCAAAGAGUGGGCCACUCCAGAUGAGUUCAACCCAGAGCACUUUUUGGAGAAUGGACAGUUUAAGAAGAGAGAGAGUUUUCUGCCAUUCUCAAUGGGAAAGCGAGCUUAUCUUGGAGAACAAUUGGCCAGGUCUGAGCUGUUCAUUUUUAUCACUUCUCUUAUCCAAAAAUUUACCUUCAAGCCUCCAGCCAAUGAGAAACUGAGCCUGCAAUUCAGGAUGUCUGUCACCGUGUCACCUGUGAGUCACCGCAUCUGUGCGAUUCCUAGGCUGUGAUGCUGAAGAAGAAAAAAUGUGAAGAAAUAGCGUCUGCUUGGAAGACACUAGUGCCUGCUCAUAUUUGAGGGGAUGGAAUGAAGGUGACUGGGGAAAUGGGUAUAAUGAGACUAAAGAGAUUGAAUCCAAUUAUAGGUUCCUAAGUAGAAAGCCAUUUAUGGGCUCAAUGACACAGAUUUUCACCUAAGACUUUCAGAGAAAAAUGAUUCUUCCAGUAAAGAAAAUGCUUUCAGGGAUCAUGAGAAAUGGUGGAUUAAAUUU